CUGUUAACGGUUGAUUUAUUUGAAUGUGCAUCAAAAGCUGUGUUGGCUGAGAGGCAUUAAAUCCACAUUGCUCUGUCACAGUGAGAUUUGCCGCAAUCACACAACGGUUUACCACUAGGUGGCGUAAAGCUUCAUGGACGCAUGGGAAAUGCUUAGUUUUACGUUUGAACCUCCUGCGCCACCGUAGCCACGUACAAAACAGCGGGCGCGUACGUACAGCUAAGCUAACUUCAGCAAUUAGAAUAAUAAAGAUACAUUUUUAAGUAUUAGAAAGUGGGUGUUUCAAUGGAAAGUGCUAAAUACGUGUCUCAGAAAAUCAGCAAGACGAGAUGGCGUCCAGUGUCGUAUUCGUCUUUGCAGCAGCCCGAUAUAUUUGCGACUGGAUCGUGGGACAACGAGGAGAACAAGGUCUCUGUUUGGUCUAUUGGGAAUGCAGGCAGUUCUGGUCUGGAAGAUGGAUUUGAAGGAGACCCGCAGCUCAUCUGUGAACAUAAGUACGACGGGGAUGUUCUUGACCUCCAGUUUUUGGACCAAGAGAGAAUCGUCACAGUAUCGUCUACAGGAGCAGUUACCAUCUUCCGCCAGGAUCACAACAGUCAGACAAUGUCCAUUUGUAAGCAUUGGGCGAGAGCCCACCAUUACCCGUGUGACAACGCUCCCAGCACUGGAGUCGCCUGCAACAGUCCUGAAAUUGUAACGGUCGGUGAGGACGGGAGGAUUAUUGUGUUCAGAGCUGACCAGGAAGGAGUGGUUCGAGUUAUUGAGAAUGCAGACAGCAGCACGCUUCAUGCUGUGACUUACCUGAGGACAACAGAAGUCUUGACGGUGAACUCCAUCGGCCAGCUGAAGCUGUGGGAUUUGAGGCAGCAGGGCAACUCGCCAUCACAGAUCCUAUCUUUGUCGAGAGAUCGAGUGCCUCUAUACUGUGUUGACAGACAUCCAAACCAGCAGCACAUCGUGGCUACAGGAGGCCAGGAUGGAAUGCUCUGCGUCUGGGACGUGAGACAAGGCAACAUGCCCUUCUCUCUCAUGGAGGCACACUCAGCUGAAAUGUGGGAGGUUCACUUCCACCCGACGAACCCCGAUCACCUGUUCACCUGUUCAGAGGAUGGAUCACUGCUGCACUGGGAGACUUCCUCCCCGUCCGAAAUGCCCUCCUUUUUACAAGGCGGCAGGAACAACAGCAUGACGUCCCGCAGCGCCAUGGCGCCCGCCGGAGGUAACCAGUCCAUCAUCAGCGCCUGGCUCCAUGGAGACUCCAGUAAAUCCCGGCUGGAGACGACGCACAUGCUGCCCAGCCAGACGCUGUCUGUGAACAGCUUGGACGUGCUCGGCCAGUGUCUGGUCUGUGGGACUGACGGAGAGGCAAUUUUUGUAAACAGACAGGUCCCAGUUUAACAGAGCUGUGUGUGUGUGUGUGCAAAAAAAUAUAUGUUUUCAUCAUUUCAGGCACAACAGAGCCUGGAGUUCAUUUAUUGUCUCUCUGUUAUUGUAUUUUCAUAAUAAAAGUUGACAAAACACUGGAAGAGACCCUUUUCUUAAUUAGUAUGCAUGGCAAAUUUACAUUUGCAGUGUUUGAUUAUUAUAAAUUAAAAAAAUUUGCACACCAUUUCAAAGAGAAAUACAUUUCGUACAGAUACGUUUUAAAAAUGAGUAAAUAAAGUUGCAAACAUUUUGAAUUAUUCUUAUCUUUACCUCCAUGGUUGAUUUCCAUUAAAUCAUGACUGUCAGAUUUAUUAUGUUAGUAAAGAUACAAAAUACUCCUGUUACUUAAAUAAUUUGUUUUAACAAGAUCCAGGUAUAAAGAUGGUGAUGUGAGUGGAAAAGUUAGAAAAACAAAAUCAAGAAUUGGCUAAAUUUAUCAAAUUUCACCUUUUAAAACAGCAAUUUUUGUUUUUUCUGAUCACACAAAAAAUAAAGAGCAAU